AUGGAUCCGACAUCAUUCGCUUCUGUGGCAGUAAUGACCGUUGUGAUUACUGUAAUUUCGAUUAUUGUCUUUAAAAUGUACCCGAAAGAAACUGAUUUUGAAAAGGCUUAUGGCGAGAAUGCUUUACGACUGCUCACUGAGGAUCGUGCGAAUAAGACAAAAAACGCAAAAAGCAAGAAUAAAGGGAAGAAUGGUGAAAGAAAAAAAGAUUUCGGAGUAGAAGAAAAGCAAAAUCGAGGUGAAAAAUCUGCAAAUGGUGAUUUACUUUAUGUUCGAUUAUCGACAAAUGGAGUUGAAGAAAUGAAUGGUACGGAUGGUGAUGAAGCUGAUGCAAAGCCGAACCGUAAGAAAUUCAAAGGCAAACAGUUAAUGGCUGAAUCAGCGAAAGAUGCGAAAGUUUCUGCUGUCGAGAGUAUUGGAGAUUUAGUAAUGCAGCAAGAUGUUGCCGAAAAGACAAAUGACGAGCUAAUGCCUACUGCAAAUAUUCUUCAUGAUGAAAAUAGGCGCAGUGAUAUUGGCGAGCGAAAAGCAAAGAAAAGGAAUCGUGCACGACGGAAUGGAGAACAUCUGCGUCAAAUCGUAAAGGAAGAAAUCAAAGUAACAGAGAACAUUGUUCCAACUAUGGAAAUUUUACCUCUGAAAAGUGAGGAUAAAAAGCUGGAAAAGAAAGGAAUUCCAUUAAAAGAUAUCAACGUGAACAAAUUUCAAGCACGUUUAGAUGCAAUUGCAGAGCUUGAAUCAGAAUAUAUCACUUUUUUCGCGAAUUAUACCAAUAAUAUGAAUACGCAGAGAGCCAAAUUAAAUGAUGAAAUUGCUUUGAUGAGAAAACAAAUCGCUGAUAAAGAUCGUCUCGUCCUGCAGUGUACCAAUAAACUUACUGCAGCUGAACAAAAGGAUUCAGAAAUUGCUAUGCUCCAGAAAACAUUAACUGAAGAGAAAAGAAAGUACAAAUUGUUUGAACAAACAGUGUGCACUCAGCUAAGUAAUAACACACAAGAAAAAUCGUAUUUACAACGAAAACAUAAUCAGUUGCAAGGAGAAUUUGCUGCAUUGAGGGAAGAGAUGAAAAAGGCGCAAUCUGUUAUUCACUCGACGCCACCACCCGUUGAUACCAAACCUUAUCAGCAACAAAUUGACCGAUUAAAAGCCGAGUUAUCAUCUAGCAAAAAUCGUUGUUCGCAGCAAGAACUGGAGCUAAAUCAACGAUUACAAGCAAUGCAACAAAUAAGGAAGGAGUUACAGAAUCAAGAUUGCCAAAUCGAACAUUUAAGUAAAACGAAUGCUUUACUCGAGAAACGUUUGCAAGAUGUGGAAGGCAAUGCGAAAGCAGAACGUGAUACGCUUGAGAUGAAACUGCAAAAUACUAUGAAAGUGGCAGAAGAAUUAAGUGCGGUGACUUCCGAGAUUCGAGACGAAAUGUUGCAACAUAGAGGAAAUGCAGAAACAGCAGUUCAGGAACAAGAAAAGCAGUGUGAACAAAUUCAUAUUUUGAAUGCGCAACUUAUGGAUGCUAAUCGAGAACGCAUGAAAUAUUUGAAUGAUUGUGCUACUUACAGCAAAAAAUUAGCUGAAAUGGAAGCUGCAAACGCAGAAUUAAGCAAUCAACUGGCGGCACUGCAAAACAUAAGUGCAACUAAUGAUGCAAACUGCAACGAAUUAACGAAGGAAGUUGAAAAAUAUCGAAAACAGCUUGCUGAUAUUAUGGAAGCCCAAUAUAAGGAAACUGCCAAGCUGAAGAAUGAACUAGAAUGUGUCCGAGAAGAGAAAGAAAAGUACAUUAAGGAGAUGUCUGCCGAAGAAGCAGUUGAAGUUGCAAAGUGCCGUAAAGAGUUGAACGAAUUUAGAAGCGAAUACAGUAAAAAAUUGAAUCGUAUUGUCUCUUUGGAACAGGAAAUCGCGAAAUACAAGAAAAUUGAAAUGGGAAGAGAAACAGUGAUGUCUUGUGAUGAUACGGACGCGCAUGAGAAAAUGAUGGAACACGGAGUCCACUCGACACCGAAAAGUGAUGCUGUAAUUUAUAGCGACAAUUUUAAAUUGGAAAUCGAUGAACUGAAGAAGAAAAAUGAGGAGUUACGUGUGGCAAAUUAUAAGAUAGUAGAAAUUUCGCAGCAGCAAGAAGCCAUUUUCAAGAAGCACAUGGAAGAAGUGGAGAAAAAUCAUGAGAAAUCUCGUCAACAAUAUUGCUGCAAUGUAUUCAAGACGCUUCGUGCAAUUGUACCGUCGAAUACAAAGUUGCCUAAUCAACCCGUUAUUUCUGAUAUGGAACAGUUCUACAAAUGGUUGCAGGAUGUCGAAAAUGUGGUACAGAAGAGCAAAAAUGUAAAACAAGAAUUCAAUGGAAAUCGAAACGAUGAAAGCGAAGAUAAAAUUAGUUCAACGAAAGUUGCAGAGCUGGAGGCAAGUAAUCAAAGGUAUCGAAUAGCACUUACCAAUCUUUCUUCUCAAAUUGAUGCGAUCGAGCAAGAAGCCAUUUUAAAGGAAAAACUAUAUCUUAGCGAAAUUUCUCGCUUACGACAUGAUAUAAACGAGCAACUCAAAAAGCAAUUAGAAGAUGAGCGUGAACGAAAGUUGGAGCUUAUUUCUGAAGCAUCCAAACUUUUCGAAAUAAUAAAUGGAACGCAAAAACCUGACAAUGGAAGAGCCGAACCACAUGUGAAAAGUAGAAGUGCAUAUGAUCUUGGCGAUGCUAAUUGUGGUUAG